AUCUAAAGAGUGCCACGACCAUGAACAAGGCUACGUUGCACUUCCGCUACACCAGCGCCGAUACGUCGUCUUCGCUUGUCAUGUAUGGCAUCUCGGAUGACUGUCAUCGAUGCGACUUGGUUCCAAUUCGCCCAGUGACGUGUGCCCAAGACAACGCAACGUGCGUGCAGCUACAUCCCAACACGACCUACGACUUUAGCGUCGACGGUGUGUAUCCCAUGAGCUUGGCGUUGCGUCCAAACGACGAGGAGCCACCAGUGUGGCAAGGAAGCCACGCAUUCAUGGAACAAUCUGAAUACACCAUGCAAGCCCAGCAACUCGACACUGGCGACGUCCAUGCGUCGAUCGUGCUGGACACCGAAGGCUCGCCAACGUUGAUCCUCACGGCGAUAUUUGUGUUCGUGCUCUUGUGGCUAGGCUCGUGUGUGGGGCUGUUCUUUUGGAAACGUCAUCUGGCAUCCUUGCGAAGCGACGACGAGGACGACGAAGGCGCCACCAGCACGAACCUCGCGCCACUGCUGCCCCCUACUCGCCCGUCGGUCCACACGACCGCUUCGUCCAUCAAGCUAUCGGCCACAGGCACUCCAACCUACAAACGCAUCAAGUCCUUGGACACAUUCCGAGGCAUGACCAUCUUCCUUAUGAUCUUCGUCAACUAUGGCGGCGGCGGGUACUGGCUAUUCAAUCACAGCACGUGGAAUGGGUUGACCCUCGCGGAUCUGGUCUUUCCAUGGUUUGCGUGGAUCAUGGGCAUGUCCAUGGCGCUAGUGCCGCCCGCAAAGCGAACGCUUUGGGCCAGCGGCGUCCGCAGCGUCAAGUUGUUUGCCCUGGGACUGUUUAUCAACAACGGAUUCGAUCUCAAGACGUGGCGAGUUCCAGGCGUAUUACAGUCGUUCGGAGCGAGCUACGCCAUCAUGUCGACGAUUCUAUUGGGCACUCAACCGACCGGCGCGGGUCCGUCGGCUGUUCCCGUGGCGCUGGCCAUGGCCGUUCUAGUGGUGCUGCAGCUGCUUGUCGUGUACUUGGUGCCCGUGGACGGAUGUCCCACAGGAUACGUCGGGCCGGGGGGAAGGGGCGACCACAGCCAGUUUGUCAAUUGCACUGGCGGCGCGCACCGGGCGGUGGACGUGGCGCUCUUUGGGGCGGCGCACAUCUUUCAGCACCCAACGACCAGACCAGUGUACGACACGCCGUCGUUCGACCCAGAGGGUUUUCUGAACUGGAUCAUGGUGGCCCUUACGACAUGCAUGGGGUACAUUGUGGGCACAUGGCACCAUCCCCUCGGUCGGUCUUAUAGCCAAAAGGCGUGGGUUCUCGCCUUGUCGGGGUUGCUUCUGGUCGUGCUGGGGGUUGCACUUUGCCAAGGUCGAGUUCACGACGGAUGGGUCCCCGUGAAUAAGAACCUGUGGAGCGUAUCGUUUGUGUUGAUGGCCUCUGGCUUGGGCAGCGUCGUGUUCUGCGCAGUGUACUUGCUCGUAGACGUGUGGCACAUGUGGUCGGGCGCGCCAUUUGCUUAUGCUGGCAUGAACGCUAUCUUGCUGUACUGUGGGCAUGAACUACUCCAAGGGUACUUUCCAUUCAGCUUUGCACACGAUGAGUCGUCCCACACAGCGACAACUGCGGCGAAUCUCGUGGGGGCGGUCAGGUAUCGUCACCCUACGUGGCAACAUCCAAAUCAUAUAUGCGAUGGCGUUGUGUAGCUGGUUGUGCAUCGCUCGCGUCCUGUAUGCCAAGAACCUGUUUAUGACCGUGUAGAUGUGAAAGUUGAUGUGAAACGCUACUGCUCGACAAAGUUACACAGAGCUCUUUAGUGUGUGCUACAUCGAGCGCUAGUAUGUACUAGUAUGUACUAGUAUUACUUAAGUAAUACAUAACAGCAAACGUAUACACA